UUGGCGCUGUUCUAGCGGCUGGGUCGGCGCGGCGGCGGCGGUGUGGAGCCUCCUGACAGGCGUAGCGUCCCGCAUCUCACGUCCGGGGACCUCAGACCUUAAGCAGACUCCGUAGGAGGCCCCGGCCGGCCUAGGUAGCGUCAGCCGGGCCCUUGGCGCCGCUGGCGGAAAGCGCUUUGCGGCGAAGCACCAUGGUGGUCGUGAUCCCCAGGCUGCUGCGAGGCUCUGUGGGCGCCAUCUGCACUCAGGCGGCUCCGCUGAGAUUGACACCCAGCGCUUUGCGCCACCUCACUCGGAGCAGUGUAAUGAAAUCCAAAAGGAGACCUGAUCACUUGGAGAGAACCGCAGAUGUCGUUCGCCAGGAGGUCGUUUCCGCAGCCAAGGUGUGUGGAGUGGCCAGCGAGUCCCCUUCGGUGAAGAGGCUCCGCCUGCUCGUUGCCGAUAAAGACUUUUCUUUUAAGGCCGGCCAGUGGGUUGAUUUCUUUAUCCCAGGAGUCUCUGUGGUUGGUGGGUUCUCAAUAUGCUCCAGCCCUAGACUGCUGGAACAAGAGAGAAUGAUAGAACUGGCAGUGAAACAUACAAACCACCCUCCUGCUCUCUGGAUUCACAGUCAGUGCACCCUGGACUCCGAGGUGGCUGUCAGAGUCGGGGGGGAGUUCUUCUUUGACCCGCAGCCCUCAGACGCCUCCAGAAACCUCAUGUUGAUCGCAGGAGGCGUCGGGAUUAACCCCCUGCUUUCCAUCCUGCGGCACGCGGCCGACCUCCACAGAGAACGGGCGAGCAAGGGGCGGGGGUAUGAGAUGGGGACAGUCAGACUGCUCUACAGUGCGAAAGACACCAGCGAGCUCCUGUUCAAGAAAAAUAUCCUCGAUCUAGUAAAUGAAUUUCCUGAGAAGAUUGCAUGCAGUUUCCAUGUUACAAAACAGACUACACAAAUCAGUGCAGACCUCAGACCAUACAUCACCGAAGGAAGAAUAACGGAGAAGGAGAUAAGGGAUCACAUUUCAAAAGAGACCUUGUUCUACAUUUGUGGUCCACCUCCCAUGACAGACUUCUUCUCCAAGGAGCUGGAGAGCAGCCGCGUCCCCAGAGAGCACAUCUGCUUUGAGAAGUGGUGGUAGGGGCGGGCGGAGCCGGGAGAAGGAGGCAGACAGAGGCCCCUGAGGCCCGACACCCAGGAUGCUCUGUGGUUUGGGCCCAUGAUUUACCUCUGCGCACUCUUAUUUUUUAAGGCUGUGGACUCUGCCCAGUUGGAGAAACAAGAAAAGUCAACUGACAGACUUAAAUGAUAAACUUGUUGCAAAAACUUCAUUAAUUAAACUGAUUUUCACUACAUUGACUUUCUCUUAUGAAUAACUGAUUAUCUCAUGGUGUACCUUGAAUUGGUCAAUAUAUAUUUUCUUUCCCCUUAAGGGAAAAAAGACAUAUCCUUCAAGCAUGUGAAAACACAGGUUUUGUGUGUGAAAUGUAGGUUCUUUAAAUUAUUUGACAGCCACCUAUGUAUCUUUUGUUGAAUAAACUUAAAUGUAAUUUCAUUUGAAA